AGUAUAUAUUCCUAGAUAAAGAAAGAGAGAGAAUAGGUGAAGAAUGACGGCACCAUACCUAAAGUAACUUCAUUUUUUUUUAUAGCUACUGUAUUAAGCCUUGUUCUACAUAUCAAUCAAUAUUCUAGGUACAUCAGUUCUCAACAUAUAUUUUCAUCAAUGUAUGAAAUGAUUAAACAUGGUUAUAUGUCCCUUUGUUUCUUUUUUUGAUUCUCAGACAUGCUGCCAUGUGAAAGCAGUCCUUGCUUUAAUGGAGGAAUAUGUUUGAAUAUUGAAACAUCUUUUUCCUGCCAGUGUCCAGUAGGUUUAAGUGGUGUGAACUGUGAAACAGCUGUUCUCCCAUGUGAUAGUAAUCCAUGCCUUAAUGGAGCAACUUGCUUAAAUUCUGAGACUUCUUUCCUUUGUCAGUGCCAUGCAGACUUCAGUGGUGUAAACUGUGGAAUUUUUAUUUUCUCAUGUGACAGCAAUCCCUGCAUUAAUGAUGGAAUCUGCGUGAAUUUGGAGACAUCGUUUUUCUGCACCUGUCUUGCAGGCUUUAGUGGUUUGAAUUGUGAAACUGCAACAGUUCUUCCAUGCAACAGCAAUCCAUGUUUUAAUGGUGGAAUCUGUUUAAAUUUAGUAACAGUAUUCUUCUGCCAAUGUCCAGUAGGCUUUAAUGGUGUCAACUGUGAAACAGCAACAGUUCUUCCAUGUGACAGCAAUCUCUGCCAUAAUGGUGGAAUUUGCUUAAAUUUAGAUACAUCUUUUUUCUGCCAGUGCCCAGCAGGCUUCAGUGGGGUAAACUGUGACACAAUAAUUCUUCCAUGUGACAGCAAUCCAUGCCAUAAUGGUGGAACCUGCUUGUAUUCAGACACUUCAUUCUUCUGCCAGUGUUCAACAGGCUUUAGUGGUGUGAAUUGUGAAAGUACAGCUUCUCCAUGUGACAGCAAUCCAUGCCUUAAUGGGGGAAGCUGCUUGAUUUCAACAACAUUGUUUUUCUGUCAGUGUUCAACAGGCUUCAGGGGAUUGAACUGUGAAACAGUAGUUCUUGCAUGUGACAGCAGUCCAUGCCUCAAUGGAGCCACCUGUUUGAAUUUUGAGACAUCAUUUUUUUGUCAAUGUCCAGCAUAUUUCACUGGUAUCACAUGUGAAAUGUUUGUAAACCCAUGUGAAAGCAACCCUUGUAUUAAUAAUGGCAGGUGCUUUUCUUCUGGUAACUUCUACCUUUGUCAGUGUAUUGAUCAAUAUGAAGGCCUGAAUUGUGAAAAUGAAGGUAAUACUGUCUUUCUUGAACUACCUCUUGUCCUAGCAUGCUGAAAAUCACUUGACCAUAAGAUUACUGCACCCUGAAUUAAUUUAUCCCACUACUGGCAAUCUAUGUUUCUGCAUUUAUCACUGCAUUCUACUAUAUCUCACAAUUUUCUAAACUUGAUAUUGUUUUAUGUAUUGAGAAAAAACAAUUGAACUAAACUGUUUUAUGUUUGUUUAAUAGUGAUGGCGAAGUCGUGUGUAACGCCUGCAUUUGCCAAGGCACUUAGGGAGCUCUUUACCCAUAUUCAUUUAUAUGAUAUAUUAUGCAUGUCAUGCACAGUGUGCAGUCCUUCACUCCUGGUGGACAUAUUUCAUCACCAGAUCAUUUUCAUAAAGUCAUUAGCAAUCUUUUGAACAAGCUAUCAGAUACACUGCUUUUUACCCCUAAAUGCCACAGUGACAAACCACAUGCACAAGUGAUAAAAAUCAGACUUAUUUUUAGUGCAGCUGAUUUGUAUGAUGCACCAUAUCAUAUAUUAUUUUAUAUAUAAAAUAAAGAAAUACU